GCAUAUAACACUUGCUAUGCCAAGCUCGAUCGGCCCGACUUGGCCAUCUCCUUAGUCUGUCGCGACGUAGACUACAAAACUAUCACCAUCCUAGUCGCAUCCAGAACGGUCAUACCUCUCCAUCAUCUCCUUCUUCGUGUCUACAUCAUAACGAGUUCACCUUUUCCCUGCCUCUUUCAAAGCCGCCAUCUCCUUGAGCGACCCUCCAAUGGCCGCCAAUUCCACGCCCACGAAGACAAGCUUACCCUCUCCAGCAAACUGUUCUUCACCUGUAGUGCCAUCGACAUGUACUCCAAGACAGGCCUCCUAAGAAACGCCACCAAGAUGUUUGAAAAAAAUACAAACUUUGCCAUCUGGAAUGCAUGCAUCACGAACGAGGUCCACAACGGGAACCCUCACAAUAUGGCCCGUAAAUUUGUAAAUAUUUUUCUCCUCAACGGGAAGCCUCACGAAGUGGCCUGCGGCAGGUGGUGCAAGUCGCAAUCACUGGCAGGGACGCGCGGACAUGCGGUCGGACGCGGACAGCACGCGAGGACGUCGAGCGCGUGCAUAGCGGGUCUCCUACGCCAACUCGGACAAGGCGCGGGCGUACAACAUGGGUCUCCUAGUCGAGCGCGCAUGUUUUGUCGCGCACUGGGAACGGGACGCGGAGAUCUCGGGCGAUCGGUAGUGCACGAGCAGGCGGACGGCGUGCGGGGCUUCGCGGGCAGCGUUGCUGCAAGCUUGCGUGUGGCUGGGCGCGAGUGA